AGUUCAUGCUGGUGAUUGGUGCAUGGUAACACACCAGACUCCAUGAGUGAAACCCUCGCAAACAGUGCUGGCGCUUCACCUGACUCCAAACAGCGCACUUCAGAAAACGAUGUCAGAUCAAAUGCAGACAUACCAAAGAAAUCCGAUGCAAUCUCCAUGUUGAGCGGGAGCGAAAAGAGCAUCCAUUCUGGAGGGGGGCAAUCCAAUCACCAUCUACAGCUCCAGCAUCUCCUGAUGCCCCCCGGAGCACCGCAGACGCUCUCGGCUCAACAGAUGCAGAGUCUGUUACAAGGCCAGGUCCUCAGCCAGCAACAAUUGCAACAAUUGGUUCUACAGCAACAGUCUUUCUUGCAGCAACAGCAGCUGCAGGAGCAGGCUACGUUGCUCCAGCAGAUGCAAGCUGCUGCUGUUGCCGCAGCCAGCGGGGAUGCUGGUAAAGCUCCAACCAAGCUCUCGCCACACCAGCAGCAGCUACACAGCUUGGCCUUGCAACAAGCUCACAUGAUCCAGCUACAAGCGCAGCAACAAGCCGUUGCCUCUGGACAAAUGAUGCUCCCACCAAGGUUACAACAAGCCAUGUCAGUGUCGGAGCUCCAGUCUCUGUGGAAGGAAGUUUCCUCGUCUGGUGGCCCAGAGGAAGGCAAGGGCACCCCCGCCAGCUCUGUCGCAGCCAUGUUGCCUGGUCUUGGUGGUCAUCAUCGGCACAUGAUGAACGGUCUAUUAGACGGGUCCCACAUACAUCCAGGCUUUCUUCUUGCUCACCAAGGCCUCAUGCUCCCUCAUGAGGAUCGAUUGGCCAAUCCCAACAACCAUCCCCUCUACGCUCACGGCAUGUGCAAGUGGCCAGGUUGUGAGACAGUAUGUGAGGACUUCCCGGCAUUCCUCAAACAUCUAAGCACAGAGCAUGCUCUAGAUGACCGUAGCACAGCCCAAGCCAGGGUACAGAUGCAGGUUGUUAAUCAGCUGGAGAUACAGCUUACCAAAGAGAGGGAAAGGUUAGCCGCCAUGAUGGCUCAUUUGCAUAUGAAACCUUCCAUAGACUCCAAACAAGAAACGCCAAAGUCCCUUCAAUCAACGCAAACACUGUCGAAGCCCGUAUCAGUGGUCCAGCACACGACCCCGUCCCUCCCCAUGGUACCACCCAGUACCCCACCCGUUCCCAUCACCUCCAUAGCCUCCGCCCCCUACCACGUCUCCCUCGCUAGUGGCACCCCCAAGAUCCCGCCCCUCAUUCCCGUCUCCACGCAAGCUGCGGUUCAGUCUCUCAUGAGCCAGGCACUACGGAGUCCCAUUCACAUCAAACAACAGCAACAACAGCCACAGCAUCUCGGCAACAACCAAUCACAUAAGCUUACUUCGCAUCAUGUGACACCUGGAGGGCCAAUCAGGAGGCGGAACAGUGAGAAAUAUGGCUUGUCACUUAGUACAGCAGAAAUUCACCACAACUCAGACUUCUACAAGAACACAGAUGUGAGGCCGCCGUUUACCUAUGCUGCCCUCAUCAGGCAAGCAAUCAUCGAUGCACCUGAUAGACAACUGACACUCAAUGAAAUCUACAACUGGUUCACAAGAACAUUUGCAUACUUCAGAAGAAAUGCUGCAACAUGGAAGAACGCUGUACGACAUAACCUAAGUCUUCACAAGUGUUUUGUACGUGUAGAGAAUGUGAAGGGUGCCGUGUGGACGGUAGACGAGAUUGAGUUCAUGAAAAGAAGACCGCAGAGAAUGGGAAGACCGUCGUUAUCUUCUUACAGUCUGAACACGCCUCCGAGUACACCCAACACACCCACCACACCUAUCAGCAAGUCAGCCGAUAUGCUGCCUACAGAGGACAUGCCGCUCAAUCUAGAGACACACAUGCAUCCUAUGGGCGGUAGCUUGCCAUUGCUGAGUGAUGCAGCAGCCGCAGCGGCAGACCAUGCAAUCGAGGUGUUGGACAAUGAAGAAGAACUGGAAGGAGAUGAUUAUCCUGGGGCCACGAGAGGGCGCUAUCCAGAGGACGACCAUGAUGCCUAUCCAGGAGAAGAAAGGGAGCGAUACCUGUUGGAGGCGGAAGACCGGGAGUAUCCCGGUGGGGAACGUAGCGGCGACCCCUUCCCCGACGAUGAUAGAGACUCGUAUCCUCAGGGUGGGGGCGCUCCCCACGCCGACACCCGUAGGGAUGUAUACCCCCCACCCAGAGAACGCUCCCCUGGGGAUGUGGUGAGCGAGGGUGAACUGCAGUACCGGCUGGAGCAAAGGGAGCGAUUCGCAAGCGAGGAGAGCGAACGCUUCAUGGUGGAAGAACGGUUUAGGAGGGCCGAAGAAGAACGGUAUGCCAGAGGGGAAGAAGAGGAAGAUGCUGAAGCCCUUGAGAGGGAAGAGAGGGAAUCCUAUCCCCAGGGAUUGAGGGAAGAGGAGGAUAUUGGUGACGUGGAGGAGAGGGUUAGGAAUGCAGCUAUUGGUGAUGAGCUGGUAGAGGAGGAGGACGAUGAUAUGGAAGAUGAGAGGGAUCCAGAUGAAGAAACAAAUCAUGCCAUUGCAGAUAUUAUUGAAAGCCAGAGCGCGGCCCACCGUCGGAAAGUCAAUCAGUUGACGAUGGAGCAGUUGAAACGCAUGAUGCAUCACAACCCCAUGAUGAUGAUACCUGUGUCAACCAACGGCCAAUCAGAUCAUCUCUCCGAACAUCACCAAGAAGCUUCCUUAGAGGGGCCAAGCCAGGGGGUCAUGUAAUCGUCCAUUCAUCCAUGUCAUCGCUUCUAUCAUUUCCACUGACCUUCCGUGAUCAUGUGAACCUUGCCUUGGUCCAGUGAUAGAUGAUUUCAAGUUAAAUAUCGAAUGCUGACAAAGGUGUUCAUUGAAAGGAAGUAAUCAAGGGAGUAUUUCAUGAGAGGACUUAUCAGAUGUUUUAUUCGACAGUUUUUUUCACCCAAUAGUUAGCAUAGCAACACUUGGGCACCUAAGCUUACCAUCCAAUCAAAAUCAGGAAAUUUGCCAUAUCUGACAUGUUGUCAGACAAUAUUUUUUGUUUUGAUGAAAUGCUUUCCAGGCAUUACCACCCAUCAUGUGAUAAGGCUGUUGCCAGGGCUAAAAUCUUAGCAAGUGUGCGCCUAACAGACUGCUAAAAAAGCUACGAAUCCAGUGACUGGGUAAUGAUAAUUGUGAAGCGCUUCGAGCAGUCGUAGAUUGAUAUCGUGCUAUGUAUAAAAGCCAAUUAUUGUUAUAAAGUCACUUUCAAUUGAACUCUCAACAUUGUGUUUGGUGUUCUUUUUCUAAAUCCGAACAGUUUGUAUGAGCUCUGUUCAGUAGCCCAAUUGAUACCAUCACCAGCGCACAGAAAAAUAAUGUUCUUGAAAUCGCCCAUUGUACACCUUUUAAAAGGGAUUCCUGUGAUUUUCAAGGAAGAAUUUGCUGAGUUUCAUGGCUGGGAAGUACUAGGAGCAAAGAUAUGGCAUAGCUUUUAAUAUGUGUCAACAAAAAUGUAAUUUCCUAAUCAUGAAUGAAUGUUACACUUCAAUUCAUUACUUCUAGAAGCCUUCAUCGUGAACAUGGCUUAAUUAGCCAUGUAACUAAGAUGGCAUGGUGCAAGGGAAAAUUGAAUUAAAUAUAGAGAUGUAGACAUACCACAGCUAACAGAAACUGUUAUUUCUCUUCUAGUUAUAGUUUUCUAUAUUGAAUGCAGAUACAAUGAAAUAUGCAGAUUUAUGUACAGUAAUAUAAAAUGUCAUCCCUAACCUGUUAAUCCCCUUUUUUUCUGGUAGCAAACCAUGUAAAUAUGCCUCACAAUUCACAAUAUUUUAUACACAAAGCCAAGUGCAUACUAUAUGGGACUUUUGUACAUGUCAAUCAUUUACACACCAAUAAAUGGAAAAUGUUAUGAUUGAUGACAGCAUAUGUGAACAGAUCCUUAUGAUCCCUUGAUAAUGCAGUGUGGUAGUGUGAAUAAACUUGCCAAAGGACAUUGAAUGUAUAUUGAAAGUAUGUAAAUAUUCAAAGUAUGUUGAAUGUACAUUGAAUAUUCAAAGUGCAUUGAAUGUACAUGGACUUUUCAAAGUGCAUUUAAUGUACAUUUGAUGUUCAAUAUACAUUGAAUUGGUUGUUCAAAGUACAUUGAAUAUGUAUUGAACGGCCAGAGUACAUUGAAUAUGCAUUGAAUGGUCAAAGUUCAUUGAAUAUGCAUUGAAUGGUCAAAGUUCAUUGAAUGGUCGAAGUAUAUUGAAUGUUUAUUAUUAUUUUGACAAUCCAUCCAAUGUGGAGUGACUAUUAAGACAGAAAUUUGAUUUAGAUAAUAAAAAUAGAUUUCUAGUAUUGAAGGCUCUUUAUUUGAUUCCAAAAACUUAUUCAAACCUUUUCUACCACCCUGCCCCUCCCUUGCAUAGGAAUUGACUUAUGCGGUCACUCCACAAGUAAUUAUAAGUACUAUAGAGAAGUCCUUAUAUGAUUGAUAAUGGUUGGUAAUAAUUUGGUCCAUUUGAAAGAGGAAGAAAGUUCAACUUUGAGUACUGGCUUUAAUGGCGGAUGCCAUAUAUUGUAAUUAAUGUGUAAUAUGGAGUGGCAACAUUCAAAAUCGAUUGAUCUACUUUACUAUUUAUUUCACUUAUUUGAUGAAAAGCUAUUGUAUAUUUGUUUUCUCUCUCUCUCUCUCUCUCUCUUAAGAACUGCCAAUCCUGUGUUUGAUACCCAUAUAAUCCUUCAAACUCGUGUACAUGUAUGUAAAUAUGCAUGAUAUCAAAUCUCUGCAAACACAGAGAUAACUCUGUUUUCGUGCUUAAUGAUUAUUUUCUCUCUAAAUUAUUGUUACUGUGUAAUUUGAUUAAAGUCAGAUCAUGAUCAUCUCUAUUGAAUUUUUCUUAUAUUCUCUUCUGAAAAUGGGAUGCAAACGCCAUUCCAGCCUUGCAUUAGAUAUAUGCAAGUAUGUAAUCAAGACAAUAUCAAAUGAAAAUGAAUAAACUUCCAGUGAUUUACACUCGUUCAUUCAAGAACUAAGCCAGGUUUUCACGAGGAAGUCACAGCAAGUGAAAUAUACAUGUAGCUAGAAUUUUUUAGUACAAAGUUAAUCGUGAAGCAAUUACCAAAAUUGUUUCAAACUAGUUUAAUAUAUUACUGUAUUCCUUGAAAAAUAUAACCUGGUAUAUUUACCCAAAACGAUCUCACUUGGAGCAACUCAUUCGUGUCUUAUCUUGCCCACAGAAGGCUGACAUUGCCCAUAAUUGGAAGAAAAAAGAGUGUUUGUCAAUAUCGGCACCAAAUAUAUCAUUCUAAUAGAAUACACUAAGUUUAUAUUAGGAUGAUUGGUAAGUGGGAAAUAUCUUAGUAAGAAUCAGAAUUAUAGUGGAAUAGAUUUCCUUAAUUUAUUUUAAAAUUACAUUUGAUUAAUGCUAUUUCUCUAUCAUGUGGUAUCCAUCAUUCUUUUGCCAUUUGUGCUCAAAAGUUGGUGAACCCCACCACAAAAUGCACUCCUUCAUGCUGAGUGUUGAAGGUAGACAACAACGCUAAAAUGUUCAGCAAGGGCAGAGAAACAAACUAUUGAAAUGUAAUAUUUUAUCACCUGACCUCACAAUUAAAUAUCUAAAACAUGGCAGAACACUUUAGAUAUGCUCAUUUUCUGGUGGGGCUCACUAACUUUUGAGCACCACUGUUUAGACCUGUUUGAAAUCAUUACCCAGACAUGCCAACCGUCCCCUUUUUAGAGUAUUUGUUCCUCUUGUUUGCUAUGAAUACACCAAUACUUUGUUUUGUAUGAUAUGUUACUUUUUUUUUUUAAUUUCCGAUCAUGGAGUAUGUAUUAUACACAGCUCGUGACACUAGCGCCGGUCCGACGGUCCCAGACCGGUAAAAAUCACUGUCAGGCCAGGAACUUGUUGCAUGAAAAGAACAGGUACAUUCUUGCCUACGAGCACAUGUUUAAAAGGGUGAAUUAUCAAGUUUUCAAGUAGAGUCAUUGCUCAUUUCACAUGUUUUUUCACCGAUCUCACUACAACAGGCUGGUGAUUGUUACUUUUUUUUUGUCAAAAAUACUAUUUUUUUCCUUCUAAGAAUACUUUUUUUUUUGUAGAAGGUUGGCAGGUCUGCAUUACCCUAAAUGUAAUCACUCUGGACCCUUUAGCAUAAAACAUACUAUCAAUUGUACAAUUAAGUAAAGUGUAAGUGUACCUUUUUU